AUGGCUCCAAAGCUCAGUGCCAAGCCCAUCCGCUUCCGCUUUCCCGACUCGGACCUGGAGAAGCUGCAAAGACAAUUGGAUGACACUUUGCUUCCAGUUGAAGAGAUUGUAGCAGAUGCGGGUUGGAAGUAUGGCACUGAUCUUUCCAAGUUGAAACAAUUGGUGGAGGAUUGGAAGAGAGGAGAUGUGGUGGAUGCGUUUGGAAAGAACACGGGACCUGGAGGAGGAGUGGGUGCGUGGUGGAGAAAGGUGGAGGAGAGGAUCAAUAGGUAUCCUCAUUACAUUGCCGAGGUCGAGGGUGUGCAAGUUCAUUACCAAGUGGCCAGAUCGGCAGAGACGGAUGCGAUUGCUCUCAUUUUCAGCCACGGAUGGCCAGGAAGCUUCUUUGAGGCUGAUUUGCUGCUGGACAAAUUGACACGGCCCGACAUUUCAGGACGAUCAUUUCACGUCGUGGUGCCGUCGCUCAUUGGCUAUGGCUUAUCUGGUAGACCUCCCAAGCAGGGUUGGUCCCUCGAAGACACGGCGAGAUUGUUCGACAAGCUCAUGACCGAAGUGUUGGGCUUCCAGACCUAUGCAGCACAUGGCGGUGAUUGGGGCUACACCAUCACUAGGCUCUUGGCGCGCUACGAUGCCUGCACAGCAUACCACACCAAUUUCCUCGUUCCCAACAUUCCAACAUAUGCGCUGCCAAUACUGGGUCUGGCCAAGAUGGGUUACAGCAGCAUCACCGAUCGACUGUUGCCCUACAUUUUCGAUGCGAGGGACGUCAACCUUCUCAAGCGCGGCUUGGAAUACAUCAACGUGGGCAGCGGAUACUAUCAGAUCCAAGCGACCAAGCCCGCAACGGUGGGUUAUGCGCUCUACGAUUCGCCCGUAGGAAUUCUGAGCUACUUGUUGGAAAAGUUCAGAGAGUGGAGCGAUAGGAGAGCACCGGCUUUUCAGCCUGCUGGCCAAGGAGAGCAGAGCAGCGGCAUGACGGACGAAAACAUCUUGAUCUGCGCGACGAUCUACUACCUCACCAAAUCCACCCACACUUCCUUUUUGCCUUACUACGAGAGCGGCUACCUCUUUAACAAAUUCGGCAAAGAUCGCAACUUUACCGCCCCAGCAAGAAAGAAACCUUUUGGACAUUCCCGCUUUCCCUGGGAAUUGGGCGGAUCGCCUAAACCUUGGAUCGGCAGGUUGGAUGUGAACCUCAAAAGCCUCAAGGAACACGAUUACGGAGGUCAUUUUGCAGCGAUGGACAAUCCGAAUGCCCUCUCGUCGGAUCUGCGCGAAUUCUUUACGGCGCAUUUCUAA